UAAAUUCGUCAACCGAUUAUUGAUAACAUAAAAAGAACAAUCGAUUCCCCCGCCCUCGCCUUAUCAGCUGUUUGGCUGAGAUUGUUGUGUGGCUUUCGCUUGCCAAAUGAAAAACACACGAAAUUUACAAAAACAAUGCAGAUAAAGCCCAUAAUAACAUACUCUGGCUCGUGCCCGCUGUUCCGAUCGCUGGAGUCCCAGAUCCUGAAUGCGAUUCCACUGGACACUUGCGAGUGGCGACGCACUUUCCAACGCCCCACGAAACAUGUUCGCUUGGAGGCCCAGGCGCAGCAGUUCAAUGUUGCGGCCUUGGAGAAGUACAAGCAGGGUGACUGGAGCAUCUUGGAGCAUCCCAUACUGCACAUCUUUGUCACCGAGUGCAAUGAUGUGGACACCUAUAAAGCAACGAUCAGGGAGGCAAUCGACAUUUGGUUAAAAACAUUAACCAGUUAUGGCGUCUCGGAUUGGAUGAUUCUGUUGGUCGAAACAUUGGACAUGCGGAAGACAAAGAACUUCAUGCCACGCACUACUGUGCUGGAUAAGAUACGGUUGGAUUUUGGCACCAAGAACGACGACCGCUGCAUCUCAGUUCUGAACCCGGCAAAGUUUGAACAGAAAUCCACGGAGUCCUUUCGCUGCUUAGUGCAGCGUAUCCGCUUUCUAAUGCUCACCAGCUAUAAUCGGAACAUAGUUAAGUACGAGGAAUUAAUACGGAGCAAGCGCGAAAAGCGAAACAUUGAAGGCUGGGACUUCCGACAGUACUUCUUCAUGCAGGAAGACCUGGCGUUGAUUUUCGAAAAGUUGGAAUUGCCCACCGAGGCGUUGAUACAAUACGAUGAGCUAGACGCCAUGUUCUCGCAGUUCAUAACUCACACUGGUCUCAACGAGAAGCAGCAGUGGUUGAACCAUUUUCGCAAGCCCCUGGACGCUUUUCAUGGUAUAUGUCUGACCCGAGCGGACAAGUUCGAAAUGAGGAACAAGAUCCGCGAUGAAGGCGUCUCCCUAUUAGAAUUCCGCAACUAUCUUUUCGAACGGCAAGCCUAUUUGCUGCUUACGUGCAAUGACAUUCCGGAAAUCGCGAAGAGGCUUCUGAACUUUUUGUUUUCCACGCUGCGCGAGGUGGAGUUCAUAAAGCUGGAGUGUCAGGAGGGCGCUCUUUGCUGCUGGGAGUUCGUUUGUGCUCUGGAAGUCCUGCAGCUGUGCGAACAGGCCAUGGAACCCAACGAGCUAACCUGUUUCCAGCACUGUGCUCCCAUCUGGAACUUGGCCAAGGAUAAGCUCUACGAGCUCGGCAAACUGUGUGGCCUCUUGCCCGGCUGCACGCCAACUUCGGAGCAGUUGCACAUAGUGGUGCAGCUAUCGUCGGGAAUUGGAGAUGCGCCGUCCGAGCAGCAUCAGUUUCUCCAGGCGACACCUCAGCUACGAGAACGGUCUCCCAAUCGUAAGCCCAAAAAAUCGGGGGCUGAGCAGCUAAAGGAAGCCCUGGGCUCGAACCAAGCCUUCCAAAAGCUCUACCUGGAGCUGGCAGAGCUGGCCAUCAGUACGUACAAGCAUGUGACACGCUUGCGAUCGGCCCGUUUGGUUGGUCUGGACCUGGGAAACUUCUACUGCGCUCUAAAUGAGCCGCAUAAAGCUGUUGGCUUCUUUACGGAUCUUCUCAGGGAGCUGAAGGCAGAGAACUGGCACAUGCUGAGCUCGCAGACGCUGCUUGAACUAGCUAACUGCUACCGCAAGAUGGGCGACUCGUUGGCCUACACCAAGACAUGUAGCUCCAUCUCGUGUUGCGCCGAACUAGAGACAUUGGUGCGAACCUUUUACUUCGACGAGUUUCUCAAGUCACUGAAAACACUUAAGACGACGCUUUCGGCACAGCCGUCGAUAGAGAAUGCCAACUAUUGUGUACUGGAGGAUCACUUUCGCAUUCUGGACAUCGAGGUUGUUAACCAGAAACCUAUUAUACAGGAUGAUUACAUUCUAGUGCAGCUAAAAGUAGAGAGUCUCUAUCCGCGAGGAGUCGUAGCUGAAAAUGUUAAGCUUUGUUACGAAUUGGAAGCUUCGUCUCUGGAGCUGGCCAUGGAGAAUGUCAGCCUAACUGCCUCCCCGUCGACCGUAAAGGCCAAGGACACCUCAUCACGAUUGAAAGUUUCGCUUCAGCUAGUCUACAAACAGGACAAUCGCCUGCACUCUGCCGCUGUGGCCUGCGACUUGCCAAAAAGCAAGCAACCCGUGCGACGCACAAGCAGCACCAAGCGCAAACUUUCGCCAAGUGUCCAGGCGGACUUCACCAACUUUGUUCAAGCGGAGAAUAUUGCCCUUCAGCCGGGCGUAAACGUAAUUGAGAUGAAGGCAAAGGCCACUCGAGUGGGCUGCUGGCAAUUCAAACAGCUAUGUAUCAGCAUGUCCAGCCUGGAGUUCUUGUCGGAACAGUUGCCAUUUACACCUGCCACCUUUGAGAUUAGCACCAAGCCGGCAAGUGCCUCGCUGGAGUUCAAGACUCUGAUAGCUGGCAUUGUGCAGCCGAUCAGCCUAAAUGUUUCCGGUGGCAGUUUCAUCUUUCCGCCCGAUGCAAAAAUCACACUGCGCUGCUCCAAGAAUCUUCGCAUUCGCCAGGCGCGAAAUACGGAGGAUGAAGCAGCGUAUAAUGAUGACCAAUCCUUUGAAAGCACGCUACAAGUGCCAUUAGUGCAAUUCAAGUCGUUCGAGGAACGUAGAAUCCCACUGGAGGUUCUCACUGAUAUGCCGGGCCGAAAGGUGUCUAAACACCAUGAGCAUCACAUUGCCCUCAAUUGUCCAUGGUCUCGAACUGAGCUCCCGAUCGCCGUUGAUUUUCAACCAGCCAUGGAGGCCACUUGCCGGCUUCAUACGUGUGGCACUCAGAAGUUCCUACAGGUGAUCAUGAAGGGCAUGGACGCGCAUCUCCUUUUGCAGCACGCUCAGGUCAAGUGCGAUGUGCCCGGUGUGCAAUUGUUGGAUCUUAAUCCCGAGUCCCAGCAGCCCAUUGAAAUCUACAAAUCCCUGACUGUUACCUAUCUGUAUGAGAUUCAAGUUGAGCCCCUCAAAACGGAGCACGAGCUGCCCGUCGUCAAAGUGCAUUUUGUAAUCAAAUACGCAUCGCUGUCGCAGCCUGAUGUGUGGAGAACGUAUGGCUGUGCUUUUGAUCUUGUGGACUACACAACGCUAUUUAAGCUGCAAGCGCAGCUGGAACCCAAUGAGCUGUGCCGUCUGCGCACCGUGUGCAACAUGAACUUGAAGAUCACCAAGGUGCAUGAGAAUCCCUACACGGAUCUCAUGUACGAGGUGCUUAACGAUCAGAAUCUGUGGGCCGUUUGCGGUCGCUCAGCGGAUAUGGGUGUCGUAUCCAUGAAGGACGUCGACAGUCAUUCCAUAUCGCUGGAUGUGAUGCCGCUGAGCACCGGCUUUCUGCCAAUGCCCAGCAUUCGAUUGUCCAAAUACACAGCCGGUGGCAAAAGUAAGACCGAUGGCCACUCCAAGGUGCAUCCCUUUCCGCCCGGUCAAGUCUACAACUCCACGAAGAGCAUGCAGAUCCAUGUCAUCGCAAGUGUGGCGGGGGAUCAAUAAGAAGCCAAAUUGAAAACGAAUUAAUUGCAAUGUACUCAUAGCACAUAUGGCCCAUGGCCAAGUAUUAUUAAUUAUUUAUCGCCCUACUAUAAAGUAGUAAAAAUUGAAAAUCAAA